AUGCCCGGGGAGUUUGACGCCGUGCCUGAGCCGCCCCCCACCUUCAACCUCAUCGUUAUGGAGCUCUGCGGCGGCAGCCUGAGGGACGCCGUCAAGCGCGGCGCGUUCCACCGGCGGCCGGCGGGGCCGGGGGAGGCCACAGCGGUGCACCUCGACUCGGUCGUGGAGGUCCUCCUGGACGUCGCCACCGCCCUGCAGUACCUGCAUGACUCAGCAAACCUGGUCCAUGGGGACGUGAAGCUGGACAACGUACUGCUCAAGUCCGACCCCUCGCGCGCGCUGGGGUUCACGCCGAAGCUCUCGGACUUUGGACUGACCAAGGUCCUGCAGUCCAGCGCCGGCGGCUACGCCGCCAUCAACUUUGCGGGCGCAGGCACCAUCACCCACCUGGCGCCCGAGCUGUUCAAGGCCGGCUCAGAGAUCACUAGCGCUGUCGAUGCCUACGCCUUUGGCAUCCUCAUGUGGGAGCUGUUCACCGGGAAGCGCGCCUUCCAGGCUGCUGGCAGCAUUUUGCGGCGGCGGGAGCAGCAGCGACAGCACCAGCACCAGCAGCAGCAGCAGCAGCGACAGCAACAGCAGCGGUGGCAGCAGCAGCGGCAGCAACAGCAGAGGCGGCGGCGGCGCAGCGGCAGCGGCGGCAGCAGCGCCGGCCUGUCUCGUGAGGCCAUCAUGAAGGGCGUCACCGCGCACAACAAGCGCCCCUCCUUCCCGCCGGGGACGCCCCCCGAAUUCGCUCAGCUGGCCGGCCGCUGCUGGCUGCGCGUGCCGGCUGACCGGCCGGCGCUCUCCCAGAUCAUCAUGGCCCUGCGCCAGAUGCGCGCGCAGCAGCGCACGCUGCUCGCCAAAACGCUGGCGGCCGUGCCGGCCGCGCCGCCGGCGCCACCAGCCGCGGCCGCCGCUGCUGCUGCCGCGCCAGAUGCCUGA